UACAUCUGACUUAAACGCGCGUGCACGCCUGCGCACCGCCGCGAACCUAGUCUGGGCCCGCCGUGCGGAGCCAAGCGAAGUAUCUGUUAUAAUGGCUGCAACCUUCUCAGACUGGUUCUGGAAUGAGAGGUUCUGGUUGCCUCAAAAUGUUACGUGGGCGGACUUGGUUGAUCCUGAACCUGGAGUCGAAUACCCUAAGGCUGGUCACAUUUUGGCCGCCUUUCCGCUGGCAUUAGGGAUCUUUGUGGUUCGCCUUCUGUUCGAGCGCUAUAUUGCCAAACCAUGUGCCUUGCGUCUUAAAAUUCAUGAUGAUGGAUUUAGAAAAGCACAACCGAAUGCUAUCUUAGAAAAAGUGUUUACAUCUAUAACUAAGUAUCCUGAUGAUAAGCGAUUAAAUGGCUUGGCGAAACAACUCGACUGGGAUGUCCGGAAGAUCCAGCGCUGGUUUAGGCAAAGGCGGAACCAGGACAAACCAAGCACACUUACUAAAUUCUGUGAAAGCAUGUGGAGGUUUACAUUUUAUUCAUCUAUUUUUAUAUAUGGAAUCCGUUUUCUGUGGUUGACACCAUGGUUCUGGAACACACGGCAGUGCUGGUACAAUUAUCCAUAUCAGCCCCUAACACCAGGACUUUAUUACUAUUAUAUUCUGGAGCUGGCCUUCUACUGGUCUCUAAUGUUUUCACAGUUUACAGAUAUUAAAAGAAAGGAUUUUCUCAUCAUGUUUGUACAUCACUUGGCUACAAUAGGAUUAAUAACAUUUUCAUAUAUGAAUAAUAUGGUGCGAGUGGGUACCCUGGUUAUGUGUCUUCAUGAUGCAUCAGACUUUUUAUUAGAGGCUGCAAAGUUAUCAAAUUAUGCCAAGUACCAAAGGAUAUGCGAUACCUUUUUUAUAAUCUUUAGCUUUGUAUUUGUCACAACUCGACUAGGCAUCUUCCCAUUGUGGAUUUUGCAUACAACCCUUUUUGAAAGUUGGGAAAUCAUUGGCCCCUACCCAUCGUGGUGGCUGUUCAACGUACUUCUGUUAACACUACAGGUUCUUCAUGUUUUCUGGUCAUAUCUCAUCCUCUGUAUAGCAUACAAAGCCAUGGUCAGAGGAAAGGUUUCAAAAGAUGACCGCAGUGAUGUGGAGAGCAGCUCUGAUGAGGAAGACACACAAAGCAACUGCAAAAAAAACACAAACAGUCCUUUGUGCAACAAAUCCAGUGGUGCUAAUGGGACCAACGGCCACGUGUCUGCUGAUGUGUGGACAGGAAGAUACUAACAGUGGUACACACUGGUUAUGCUGGAUUCAGAACUCCAGAAAAAUGGACAAUUCAGGGCUAAGAAUACCUCUAAGGAUUGUGUGUUGAGAAUAACCACAUUUCAGUAGCAGUUGGUCACACUGGCUGUAAUCAACCCAUAUUUGUACUGCUGGCACCUUAAUUGUAAAUGGGUAUUUUAAAUGAAAAAAUAUAUAUUUUGAAUAUGUGGAUUCUGUGGCAGUUUCUGGAAAUGGUAACAGAAGUAUGCUGUUCCAAGGACUUGGGGCUGCAGUUGAUUUGCUAAAGAAGUCUGUUUUGUGGAUUUGACAGAAGCUCUGCGGCCAGUGGUGAAGUGUGUUAAGGUGGUAUGCUGUAAACAGUGUACAGGUACUCUUUUCAAGAAAGUAAAGAACUGGUACCAUAACAAUCCUGUUUUGUACUGGGGUCAUUCCCAUAGAAAAUGUCUGGUCCUUCAAUAGAAAAUGUCUGGUCCUGUAUUACAGAAUUUCAGUUUUACUGUAAUAUUCAGAUGAAGUUAAUUCAGAAAAAGAUUUUAAACAAGUACUUGAUAAUACUCAGAUGGCACUACCACAAAUGAAAAGACCACUGCUGUUCUGAUCUUUUAUUGUACCUUGGAAUUUGUCAGUUCCCCACUUUCUGUAUUUCUAGCAGAAGUUUGAGGAAAUGAUUUCUUUCUCUUGUUAGACUCAUGUCACUAUUUCUGUUGUACAUAGGGGUACCAAGGUCACUGUCCUCUGCUCAACUGUUCAUUUUUUAUGAGUGGCAAAAGUGCACUGAACCAAAGACCAUUUCCAUUUGUCAUCAUGUAGGCGUGGAUGGAAUGUCAGUACUAAAAGCUACAAUGAGAAAUGCAGUUGCGCAAUUCAUAAAUCAUUUCCAAAAUAUACAUUGUAAUAAACGUACAUGCAGGUUCCAGGAUUAAUUAAAAAAGCAAAGAUACCAUUGUAAAGUCAGUAUCCUUAGGAGAUCACAGAAAAAGAAUGAAAAGGUUGCAAUGAUGUUUGAGUUGUUAAUGUGCCCUGCGGCAGCUGAGUGUUUAAAAAAUAGAGAGAGCGCAGUUUGGUCUAUAGACCUACUGUACAUUUCACUAGUGAUAUGGCACUUUAAGUUAAGGUCAUACUUGUUUCAACUAAUUAUGUUCCUUGUUUAGAAAAUGUCUUUGUCCGCAGUGGAUAGUCAGCACUAAGAUGGUAAGUACAUUUUAGGGAAGACUAUUCCCUGAAGGUGAUACUUCAUUUUUAUCAUGUUCUGUUUCAGCAGAGAUGAGUGGACUUCUGCCCAUUCACUCUAGUUGUGUUGGUAAGUGCCCUCUGCCUUCUCAUAAUUUUGGGUUACACCACUUAUUUUGAGCACUUGGUAAUUCCAGCACAGCAUGGAAAUGGAUCGUUACCAUGGAAUUUUUCACCACCAGUAUUAAUGAUAUCACACUGCCGCACUUUUUAUAUUCAUAGUGCCCUUUAAUUCAGUAGAUCACCCCUUUGCUAGAACCUUGACUUCUUUCUCCAGUACCACAACUUCCCUGUGCAUCGUUUGUGUUCCUGAUGAGUAGUAGUGACCCCCUUUUCCCAAGUAGUAGCAGUAAGUUCUGCUGCUUUAUUCAUUCAUCCUUGUGCUGAAACAACUGCUUCAAGAACAAAAUUACUUUUAAGCUGUAGUGGAAUAGAGAGGAGUGUAGCUUAUCCAAAAUGUAAUUAGUUCUAUCAGUCUGUUUGCUGGAUGAGGAGUCAUGCCUGAACGUUCUUGAUGUACUUUGCCCACUUGCACUUAGCAGCCAAAAUCAAUAAUAUUUUCAGACUAUAGUAAUAGUCCUGUUUUUUUAAAGAAGCUGCUUUUGUUCAGGACCCUUGUUCUUUCAUUUUGUCUGCAGGUAGGAAUGUUUUGGGACUUCAGAUGGGAAUCCCAUUUGAAGAGGCAUAGGGAGUGUGGACCACUGCCAUAAAAUAACUGGUGAUGUAUACUGCUUUAUAAUUAAAAUGUUUACACAAAUGUGAAAUUCCAUUGUAUUGUAAAUGUGUCAAUUGCACAUUUUUACUAGCAGAACUCCUGGUACUUAGCUUAUGGCUUCACUUUGACAGCAGGGUUUUGUCAUAAACAAAUGAUCUGGGGUACAUUUCCAAAUGUUCUGCAAAAACUAACAUGAAGGCAAGAUUCCUUUACCUGUACCUUUGAUAGUUAAGAGUUCAUUUCUUAGAAUAUCUUCUGUGUGUAGCAUAUUGUAAUAUCAAGAGACUCAUUAAAUCCUUAAUGAGCGCAUAA